AAGGUUUUGCAAUGGGGGUCAUCAUCCCCGCUGUACUUCUCGCUAUGGCGACUGUGAUCGCUUGGCUUCUCUACAAACAUUUGAGAAUGCGUCAAGUUUUGAAGCACCUCAAUCAGCCACGAUCAUAUCCAAUCGUUGGUCACGGACUCAUCACCAAGCCCGAUCCAGAGGGAUUCAUGAACCAAGUGAUUGGAAUGGGAUAUUUGUAUCCAGAUCCACGGAUGUGUCUUCUCUGGAUUGGCCCAUUUCCAUGUCUGAUGCUCUACUCUGCCGAUCUUGUUGAACCAAUUUUCUCAUCGACGAAACAUCUGAACAAAGGGUUCGCAUACGUUUUGCUCGAGCCAUGGCUUGGAAUCAGUAUUUUGACGAGCCAAAAGGAACAAUGGCGUCCAAAACGAAAACUAUUGACACCAACAUUCCAUUAUGAUAUUCUCAAGGAUUUUUUGCCGAUUUUUAACGAGCAAUCAAAGAUUUUGGUUCAGAAAUUGUGUUGCCUCGGAGCAGAUGAAGAAGUUGAUGUUCUCUCCGUUAUAACCCUUUGCACUCUUGACAUCAUUUGCGAAACCUCUAUGGGGAAAGCUAUUGGUGCUCAACUCGCGGAGAAUAACGAGUAUGUAUGGGCGGUGCACACAAUCAAUAAACUGAUUUCAAAAAGAACAAAUAAUCCGUUGAUGUGGAAUUCAUUUAUUUAUAAUUUAACAGAGGACGGACGGACUCAUGAAAAAUGUCUUCGUAUUCUCCAUGAUUUCACAAAGAAAGUGAUUGUCGAGAGAAAGGAAGCUCUACAGGAGAAUGAUUAUAAGAUGGAAGGUCGUCUCGCAUUUUUGGAUCUUCUUCUCGAAAUGGUGAAAAGUGGACAAAUGGACGAAACAGAUGUUCAAGCAGAAGUUGACACAUUUAUGUUUGAGGGUCACGAUACAACAUCUACAGGAUUAAUGUGGGCAAUUCAUCUUCUGGGAAAUCAUCCUGAAGUUCAGAGAAAAGUUCAAGCGGAACUGGAUGAAGUAAUGGGCGACGAUGAGGACGUGACUAUUGAACAUCUCUCCAGAAUGAAAUAUCUCGAAUGUGCACUAAAAGAAGCUCUGCGUCUCUUUCCAUCUGUUCCAAUUAUUACAAGAGAACUGAGUGAUGAUCAAGUCAUUGGAGGUGUUAAUAUUCCAAAAGGAGUCACUUUUCUUCUCAACCUGUACCUUGUUCACCGUGAUCCUGCUCAAUGGAAGGAUCCUGAUGUAUUCGACCCGGAUCGCUUCCUUCCUGAAAACUCAAUUGGUCGCAAAUCAUUCGCCUUUAUCCCAUUCUCAGCUGGAAGCCGUAACUGCAUUGGCCAACGUUUUGCACUCAUGGAAGAGAAGGUCAUCAUGGCUCAUUUGUUGAGAAAUUUCAAUAUAAAAGCUGUCGAAUUGAUGCAUGAGGUCCGCCCGAAAAUGGAGAUCAUCGUUCGCCCGGUCACUCCAAUUCACAUGAAGCUCACCAGACGUCGUCCCAUCGUCUCUCCAUGAUUUGAAACUAAUUUGAAAAUUUGUAAACAGCUAGUUUUAUAGUUUUAUUCGAGAUUAUAUUUUUUUUUAUUGCAUGAUAAAUUGUAAAUUGCACUCGUAUUAAUGAUUUAAUUGAAAAUAUCCUAAAAAUGA